AUCAGUGUAUCGAUUUAAUAUACAUCUGCUCUAUUAACUAAGGUCAUUAAAAUGUGUUGAGUCUCAAAAAAGUCUUAAUAUUUGAUUUUUACCUUAUUGGGAAACAUUAAAACAUCUAAUGGAGAGUUAAAUGUAAGUGAAGUUUCGGGGAAAACGCUUUUGACAAAACACUCCUAGUCCUGCACCGAUUUACAUUUGUCUACUUAUAACAUCGCUGGCAAAAUUUAUCUCUCUAGUCUUCUUCUCCGGUCCACUUCACGAAGUCUCGGUCUUAACCAAUUAUCAGUUUGUCGAUUGAAUAGCCCUCUAGGCUCUACUCCCUUACGUCUCCGGUGGCUCAAAACCUUCCUCCGACCUACAUCGCUACCCUGUGUUUCCGGUGGAGGAGGAGACAUGUCAAUGAUUGCAAGCUCUUCCCACAGUGAUCCAGAUUCGAGAAGCCUGCAAGUCCUUCUCGAUGCUUUUGGCUCUCGUUUCUCUCUCGACGACAUUGCUGCUGCCUACUGCCAAGCUAGCCAGAACGUCCAUGAAGCUGGUGAGAUUCUCUUCGCCAUGACCACCAAAGAGACGCCUCAAAGUGACCAAGUGAAAACGAAUGGAGCAACCUCAAAGCCAACUCAUGUCUACGUUCCCAAGAAAGUUCAGCCACGAGAGAAUGAUAGCAACGCCGCCAAAGUAUGGAGGCCGAAGAAAAGUUCUGUAUCAGUUGGUACUGUUUCAAGUGUUAUUGGAAAGGAGUAUGCUAGAAGAAGCAUGCCUGAAUCAAAUGCUCGCCAAGAAGCAGUUAAACCGAUGAAGAUAGACGCAAGGGAUAUUCCUGAAACUGAGAUAUGGAGUGAAGAAGAAUUGCCAAGAAGCAGUGAGGGAAACGUAAGCAGGGCACCUACUGAUGUUGAGGAGUUUAUUGCUAAGAUGCUCGGAGAAGGCUUUCAAGCUAGCCCUGAGGUUAUUCAGCAGAUUCUUGGCGUAUGCGGAUAUGAUGUGAUGAAGAGUACGGAGAAACUGCUUGACUUGUCUGAUACCAAGAAGCAUGCUGAUGUUGGAAUCUCUAAUGAAACUUCACAAGUUGAUCCUCAGAGCAGUGGUGAAGCAAGAACCGUAACAGGUUCACAGGACGGAGGCAAGAACAAUAGUGGUCUUGAAAAGGAAGUGUUAGAAGCUUUGUUCUCUGGUGCAGAAAGAUAUGAGGAAGUACCAAAAGUAACUCGACGAUUUGGAGAAAGGAGAGCAAGAGUUGCCGGCCGUCUUGUUUUUGAACCUCUGGAAGACACUUUUCAAGAGAGUGUUGUUACUGUGAUACAAUCAACAAAUACAUCUAAAGAAGAUGAAGAUGAUGAAAAUGAAUACACGGCACAUCGUAAAGCAGUGCACGAGAAUUUGCAGGAGAUGAAAGAAUACUACGGAGCUGCUGUAGAAGCAUUCUCCAAAGGAGAAACCGAGCGAGCGCACAGACUCGUGGAGAAGGGACACUUUUUCGGACAAAAAGCUAGGGAUGCAGAUGACAAAUCCGUAGCAAAGAUGCUUGAACUCAAGGAAGACGAUGGCUCGGCUUACAAGGAAGACGAGGUCGUGACAGUAAAUGUGAAUGAACAUGAACCAAGGGAAGCUCUUCGUCUUCUCAAGCUCCAACUUAGGAACUUCUCUGGCAUUCCAUCUAUUAAGUACCUCAGGGUCAAAUUGGGUGACAACAAGGAAGACUCCAAAUGCAAACGACGGCGUACGGCAAUUGCCAAGUUGCUGUCGGGAGAAUCCAUUGCUUGGUCUGAAGAAGAUAAUGGCCUCCUGAUGAUGAUUCGCGUUGAUGAGGUUAUCCCCGAGAAGUUGAGUUUUGCCAAGAAAUAAGAACACCCAUUUGUUCUUAAUCCUUUUGCUUCAUUCCAUUACAAAUUUUGAGUGUACUGUUUCAAACACUCCAUUCAUUAAUGUAACCAAACCAUUUUGGGAAGAAAUAUAAUAUUAUGGUUUCAGAA